UGCAGUUUUGCAAAGACCUCGAGAAGACUUGACAUUCUCAAAUGCAUCUGCUUCUCCCCAAAUAAAAUAAAUAUCCUUACAUUUCAUCUUGCAAGUGCUUCCUGCAUCGUCGUCCGACCAAGGCGGCUGCAAAGGAGGAGGAGGAGCAGAUGGAGGCAUGCGAGAUCGCCCGCCUGCUGGAGGAGCUCCUGUCGGCAGCCUUAUCCCGCACGUCGCCGCGCGACGCCUGCCGUGCCGCGGCUGUCUCCGCGGCCUUCGGGACGGCGGCCGACUCCGACGCCGUCUGGGCCUGCUUCCUGCCCAGCGGUCGUGACCUCCCGCUGCUCGCUGACGGAGAGCAGCUGCCAUGCAGGAAGAAGGACCUGUUCCUCCGCCUCUCCGGCAGCCCGGUCCUCCUCCCAGGCGGACUCCUGAGCAUGUGGCUGGACAGAGAGACCGGCGCCGGGUGCUACAUGGUGCCGGCGAGGGAGCUGUCCAUCGGAUGGGGCGCUCUCGCCGACUCGAGGUCUUCCGAGAGUGCUGAACUCAUACUAGUUUGCUGGCUGUAUAUCCGCGGCAAGAUAGAUAGCAAGAUGCUCUCCCAAGGCUCAAUAUACUCAGUGUACAGGGUGUACAAGUUUGCCAAUUAUUUGUAUGGAUUGUCCGACGGUUACUACGGGCUAGAAUUGCCGGUCCAGAAGGCAUCAGUGAGCGUCGGAGACAACCACCAAAUCCGCAAGGUCUGCAUCCAUCCUAACCAGCAAAGAAGCAUGAGACGGAACUGUCAUGCAACGCUUCCUCACAAAAGAGCUGAUGGUUGGAUGGAGCUGGAGCUGGGCGAGUUUGUUUGCGAGGGGCAUGAAGAUGGGGACGUGUCGUUCGGUCUAUCAGAGAUGAAAGAUUUGAGUAGGAAGAACGGUCUUAUCGUGCAGGGUAUUGAGAUUAGGCAUAAGAUUUGAGGAGGCAUCCAUGCCCGAAUCCGAGCCAGUCCUGGUAGACAGGGAGAUAGACAACCUAGUGGCUGGCGAUGACCUACAUCGAGUGAUGGGUGUAGUUUUUGCGCUCAUCACACCGUUGGUUAAAUCAGAAAAUCCCAUAAUUAUUUAGAAAUUCACUCCGAUAUUGUCACUAAUGAAUAACGAAUACGAGAGAUCGUGAAGUCUUUGGUUGAAUAUGUUUCUGCGGGACAUAAACAUGGAAAGAAAGCAUCACUUAUAAGGUAAAAAUAAAAAUGAAGGAAGAAAGGAAGGAAUUGGAGACACAACAAACCAACCAGAGUGCAAGACGACGUUCGGUACGAGCGAACGCUUGUACCGAUCUCCAGAAGGUCCAACUGGUCAACCUUUAUAAAGGGGUCAAUACUAGAAUCCCGGCUAAGAGAGCACCAUUUGGGAAACAGAACACCGGAACCAUCUUCCAACUCUCGCCCUCACUAUUUCCCAUCUCAUAUCCUUAGUCGCCACCAUCAUCACUGCAGCAAUC